CAAUAAUUACAGCUACUGUAUAGUCUACUCGCCCAUGUGUAGCACGCUUGGGCACUAGCUCGCAUUUGAGAGAACCAACACCCUUGCUCCCCCCAUUUUCGUCAAAACCAACAUUCUUCAAAUUGAUACUGUAGUUCUCACUCUGAGUAGCAGCUACGGCUGUCGUUCCCGUGGUUGAGAGCCCUUGCCGUUGUGGUUCUAUUGUGGAGGCAGCGGGCGUAGCGACCGGGCGCAAGCAGCUGAGCGGGCGGUGGAGAACCAGUCGCAAAAGUCUGCGGAGUUGUGGGAUCCAGUGAGACUCAAGCUCACGCCUCUUCUGGGUCCCACACGCAAGCUCACGCCUCUUCUGGGUCCCACACGUACACACCGCACCGCACGUGCACCGCUGAGACCACCGCAAAGCAGGCGCAAGAGGCCGCGAGCUCGCGCGCGCGCGCCAGUCAACAUCGCUGUCCGCACCACUGCAGCGCCAAGCUAGUUUAGCGCCCAGUCAAGUGGCCCUUCACAUCCUCCUUCCGCGCCCUGUGGUCGCCGCGGCCUGUGCCUUUGCCUGGCGAGUACACAGCAGCACCAAAUCGACGCCGCUCUCGCUGCUAGCCAGCCGCGCGCUCCACCAGCUGCAGCAGCGGACUCGCUUAGCUGCAGCCAAAGAUGGCUGCUUGCUUUACGCGGUCCGCUGUCUGCUGCCCAGCGCCUUCGCUGCGAAGGCACGAGUUGGGGCAGCGUGUCGAGGCAGCGCCGGUGUUCGGGUGGCAGCGCCGGCCGGCGUGUGUGAGCAUUUGCUGCAGCCUUGGCUUCUUGAAGAAGAAAGCCGAUCCAUCGACGCCGUCGUUGGGCUCCAAGGCGCUGGCUUGGGCCACAGAUGUCGGCCCCGUCGUCACAAUCAUCGGCACCGUUGCCUCCUUCGUGGUGGCUUGGAACACGGUUGUGAUACAGCCCAACAAGGUGCAGCUGCAGGAGCUAAGGACGGACUGGCAGAAGCAGCUGCAUGAGCUAAGGACGGACCAGCAGCAGCAGAUUGAGCUGCUCACCACCCGCUUGGAACAGCGGCUAGGGCCUCUGAAGCCGCUGCCGGAGCGGGUGGCGCGGACUGAGGGCCAGGUGGAUGUGGUGCUGAAGCAGCAGACAGCGCUGCAUCUGCAUGACUUCGGCCCCCGGGCAUAAGAGCACCGCGCAAGGGUCUGCGGUGGUGGCGGGCAGUGGCGGGCGGCAGCUCGAGCAUGGCGCGUGGAGGACACAACCGGCGGCUCUUCCCACCCUCUGUGGCAGCGCGAUACAGCCCCCUGAACCGGGAGCCGCUAAACGCACGGGGGACAGAUGACCGGCGGCCCGUGCUGUGGAGGCUGCAGUGUGGGUGCUUUGUCUACAAGGCACGGCACACAGUGGCU